AAACAUGAGGCUAAACUGCCCCCUCCCGUGGCAGGGUACCUGCCACUUUUAUAACAGAAGCACUCUGAGUGUGUCCCUAAACCUUCCAAGAAGGAGGAGCUGCCUGCAGGAGAUCCCCCAGCUUCGCUGAACUCCCAGAAGGCAGGCACCUGCCACAUGCCCACCUCCUCAGGGGCCCCUCUCCAGCCCUGCAUGCUUCUCUCCUGUGACAGGCUUGGGCGGAAGCCGAUGCUGAGCUGGUGCUGCCUGCAGACGGCCUUGGCGGGCACCGGUACCACCUUCGCCCCAACGCUCCUCAUCUACUGCAGCCUGCGGUUCGUGACUGCUUUUGGGAUUGCCGGCAUCUUCCUGAGUGCACUAGUACUGAUGGUGGAGUGGACCACGACCAGCAGGAGUGCGGUCACCCUGACCGUGUUGGCAUGCUCCUUCAGCGCAGGCCAGGCAGCCCUGGGUGGCGUGGCCUUCGCCCUGCGGGACUGGCAGACCCUCCAGCUGGCAGUAUCAGUGCCCUUCUUUGCCAUCUUCCUGAUAUCCUGGUGGCUGCCAGAAUCCGCCCGCUGGCUGAUUAUUAAGGGCAAACCAGACCAAGCGCUUCAGGAACUCAGAAAGGUGGCCAGGAUAAAUGGCCACAAGGAAGCCAAGAACCUGACCAUUGAGGUGCUGAUGUCCAGCAUGGAGGAGGAGGUGGCCUCUGCCAAGAAGCCACAGUCAGGGCUGGACUUGUUCCGCGUGCCCGUGCUCCGCAGGAGGAGCUGCCCCGUACUGGUGGUAAGCUUCUCUCUACUGAUCUCCCUCUACGGGCUGAUCUUCGACCUGCAGAGCCUGGGCCGUGACAUCUUCCUCCUCCAGGUCCUCUUUGGGGCUGUGGACAUCCUGGGCCGGGCCACCACUGUCCUCUUGCUCAGUUUCUUUGGCCGUCGCACCAUCCUGGCGGGGUUCCAGGUCAUGGCCGGCCUCUCCAUCCUGGCCAACACGCUGGUGCCGCCAGAUCUGCAGACGCUGCGUGUGGUCUUGGCCGUGCUGGGAAAGGGAUGUUUUGGGAUAAGCCUAACCUGCCUCACCAUCUACAGGGCUGAACUCUUUCCAACCACGGUGCGGAUGACAGCAGAUGGCCUUAUGCAGAUGGUGGGCCGGCUCGGGGGUAUGAUGGGUCCCCUGAUUCUGAUGAGCCGCCAAGCCCUGCCGCUGCUGCCUCCUCUCGUCUACGGCAUUAUCUCCAUUGCUUCCAGCCUGGUUGUGCUGUUCUUCCUCCCGGAGACCCGGGGACUUCCGCUCCCUGACACCAUCCAGGAUCUGGAGAGCCAGAAAUCAACAGCAGCCCAGGGCAACCGGCAAGAGGCCAUCACUGUGGAAAGUACCUGGUUCUAGAAAUUCUGCCUGCACGGAGCCCCUUUAGUCAAAGACUCCUGAGCAAGGACUUGCCUCUUCUCCAAUCAGAAGGUGGAGGCGAAUUGGGCGACCCCAAGGGCCUGGCGUGGCAGAGACCAGGCAGCUGUGGCCGAGUGGACAGCGUGGCCGCCUGCUGUGACUGGAGGCAGCUUCCAUUGCUCACUCCUUUUCUCCCCUCCCUGAUCAGAUUCCCCACCUUACCCCAGCCCUACAGGAGCCUGUGCAGGCGGCCAUGCCCACCCAAUAACAAGACGGUUCCCCGCCCUUUCCCUGCCAGGCUCAUAUCUUUAUACCCUCACUCAGCCAUGCCAGCUGGAGCCUGGGUUCCAAUCUCACCCCGUCAUAUACAGAGCCCUUGUCUGUGAAAUGGGAAUGAUCACAGGAUCCGUCCCCCAAGACAGGUAUCAGGGUGAACUGAUCUUAGCACUGACCAAAUAAAUGGAACCUGCUGAGAGAGCCACCAGA